UAAACAGAAAUCGGAAAAAAGUGAAAAUUCCUGCUUCGAUUUUUAGUAGUAUUUAUUUGACUUUUCAACAAAAAGUGUGCAUAUAACUGUCGUGUGAGCUCCAGGAAUCAGAUUCCAGCGAAACUGAAGCAGUUUGAGUUGAUUCCAUAGUGUGCAGACGGCAAAAAGUUAGACGUUCUUUCAUGACCUAGUUCUGCAGAAUACGUUUCAUGAGGAAAUAUGGCCGAUUUUAAAGAAAAUUUCCCAUGCGAAGACCAUGACCAAAUUGUGUCCACCCAGACAAAGGCGAAUAGAACGGUGUGCAUAGUUCCUGGAUGCAAUCAACGCUAUGGUCGAGGUGCUUCAUUCCACACAUUCCCAAAGAAAAAAGAUAAAAAGAGAAUGAAUGCGUGGGUGGCGAAACUGCGAUUGAAGCUUGAGCCGACUUCGACGUCUAGAGUUUGCAGUUCUCAUUUCAGCAUUGAAAACUUUAUUAGUCCAACUUCGAAACGGUGCACCGAUCGAAUGAUAUUAAAAAGUACAGCUGUACCGGAUAUCAACCUUCCCCGUCCAGCUAUUGAUCCGAAAAAGGAUAAAGCUGCAAUGGAUCGUGCCGAACGAGCGGAUAGGCGACGUGAACGAAGUGAACGAAGUGACACUCAAGAAGGCAUUCGGAUGCCCAUCUGUAUGGUUACUGGGGAUAAAAACCUAGUGAACCAAGCACCUGUAUUAAUGGAAGCAGCUGUCCAGGUUGAUACUUUGAACUUAGAUAAACUUUUUGUCGGUCGUCGGAGAACAAUGUCUGUGCGGUUUAAACGUGACCGGGAGUUAAAUUCAUGGACUGGACUAGCAUCUCUCAAAAUGCUGAGUACCAUUGUUGAAAGCUUAAGCUCGUUGGCUACUUAUAAGAAGCGACCACAUUCUACUGUUUCUGUUGAAGAGGAAGUGCUGGUUGUACUUAUAAAAAUGAAAACGAAUCUGUCAUUUUCUUGCAUGAGCACCCUCUUCAAUUUGCAAUAUCAGACUAUUUCGUUAGUAUUUUACCGGACAGUUCCGCAGUUGAAGAUGAUCUGCACUGCUUUGAUACCAUGGCCAUCGCUGGAAAAUGUUAGACGUAAUAUGCCGCAUUAUUUUCGGCCAAAUUAUACCGAUGUUGUCACAGUGCUCGAUUGCACUGAAAUGGCGAUAAAAAAACCAACCUGUCUCCACUGCAGAAUUAACGCAUAUUCGCAUUAUAAAGGACGCGAGACUGCAAAGUAUUUAAUUGCAGUUACCCCUGGUGGGACGAUUUCAUAUGUUAGUCGUGGAUACGGCGGAAAGGCUUCUGAUAAGCAGAUAGUUGCGGAGGAAAAAAUGCUUGAGAUGGUGAAUAUAGGAGAGGCAGUAAUGACCGACAAAGGUUUCAGCAUUGACGCUGAAUGUAAAGCCCUCGGGGUGAAGCUCGUGCGACCUCCGUUUUUGACGGCACCACAGUAUCAGUUGAGCACCACGGAUGCGUUCGAAAACGUAUCUAUAGCAGCGGCAAGAGUGCAUGUUGAAAGGGCCAUACAACGCAUUAAAAUUUUUGAAAUAUUCAACAACAAAAUAGAUACACGUUUUCUUCCUGUAUUGGACGAUCUUGUUUACAUUGCUUGUGGAAUAGUGAACAUUUCGAAGCCAAUUUUGUCUAAUGUACGGUUUUAA